AUGGCUGAGGCUAUCGUUUCUAUCGUGGUGGAGCGGCUUGCAGGUUUCAUAGCAGAGCAGAUUCAAAACGAAGUGAAUUUGGUGAGAGGCGUUGACAAAGAGCUUAAGAGUCUUUCGCGUGAUCUUAACACGGUUCGGAAUGUGUUGGACGAUGCGGAGAAGAAAGGAUGCAAGGACAAAAUCGUCAAAGAUUGGUUGAAGAGGCUCGAAGACGCGUCUUACGAAAUGGACGACGUGUUGGACGAAUGGAACUACUCCAUUCUCAAAUUUCAGAUCGAACAAUCGUCUGAUCGUGAUGUUGCUGCUGCUGCUGAUGCUGUUGUUCAUAAGAAAAAGGUAUGGUCCUUCAUCCCAUCUUCGUGUGUGUGUUUCAAGAAAGUUGUUAUUCGUCAUGAUAUUGCAUUGAAAAUAAAAGAAGUCAAAGCACGACUCGAUCUAAUCUUGAGGGAGAAGGAUCGAUUUGGUUUUGUGACCUCUCAGCCAAUUGAUCCUUCUCGCGAAUCGUGGCGAGUUCAGUCUACUUCUUUGAUUGAUUUAGAGGAAGUUUGUGGCCGCGAGUUGGAGAGAGAAAGUAUGGUGAGCGAACUCGUGGGUGAAGGUGGUAACGGAGAAGAAUUAGGCAUCCGCGUUACCUCUAUAGUGGGUGAGGGGGGACUUGGGAAGACAACUCUUGCUAAACUGGCUUAUAACGACACUCGAGUUGAGAAACAUUUUGAGUUAAGAAUUUGGAUUUGCGUUUCGGAUCCCUUUAACGAGGUUGAGAUUGCGAAAGGGAUUGUCGCGAGUGUGAAAAAGUUGGAUAACCCCCCGAAUACCAACCAACUGGAAACGCUACUACAAAGUCUAAAAGAGACUAUUUCAGGGAAAAAGUUUCUUCUUGUCCUGGAUGAUGUUUGGACAGAAGACGAUACCAAGUGGGAACCCCUGAAAAACUCUCUCACAUGCGGUGGGGCGGGUAGUAAGGUUUUGGUGACAACUAGAAAUCAAAGGGUUGCAAUAAUGAUGGGUACCGUUAGGAAUGAGAUCCACAAUUUAGGACAUCUCUCCGAUAAAGAUUGUUGGUUGUUAUUACGCCGUGUAGCUCUUUCUGGAAUGGAUGAGGAGGAAUGUGUAAAAUUCCAAAGUGUAGGUAUGAGCAUAGCUAAAAAGUGCAAGGGGUUGCCACUUGCAGCAAAGACUUUGGGAAGUCUUUUGCGGUUCAAGAAUACCUUACAAGAGUGGGAGAACGUAUUGCUUAGUGAAAUAUGGCAAUUGGAGGAAGCUGAAGUAGAACUUUUCCCUCAUUUGCUUCUGAGCUACAAUGAAUUGUCCCCGUCACUUAAGCGGUGUUUCUCAUAUUGUGCCAUAUUUCCUAAAGAUUCUGAUAUUAAUGUGGAGAGUCUAAUAUCGAAAUGGGUUGCAUUAGGUUAUGUAGGAUCCAAUGGGGGUAGUGUUGGUGACUGGAAACUUAGAGGGAUGGAGUACUUUGAUAAGUUAGCCAUGCGUUCUUUGUUUCAAGACUUUAAGGUAGGUUUUUUCAAAAAGCCGUGGUACUUUAAGAAAGGUGUUUUUGGAAAUGAUAUACAAUGGUUUAAGAUGCAUGAUAUAGUACACGAUUUUGCUCAAUUCCUUAGGAAGGGUGGCGAAAUGAGAGAAGAAAUGACGAAUAAAACAACUUGCCAAACAUGUAAACCUUUGUCGGUUUACCAUGUCAAAGAAUAUCGUAGCUUAUCUUGGUCCAAAAAAUCACAACCACGUCUUUGUGAUUGCCUCACAAGUAUGAGGUUGUUAGAUUUAAAAGGUUGUAACUUGCGGAGUAUUCCGAAGGAAAUAGAAAAGUUGAUUCACUUGAGGUGGUUGGACUUGGGUCAUAAUAAAUUUCCCGCCAAAGAUCUUAAGACCAUUUGCAAGCUUUAUAACUUGCAAUUUCUUUGGUUGAACAGUUGCGAGCUAGAAGAGAUUCCCCGGGAAAUUGGAAAUUUAAUUCACUUGAAACACUUGGACUUGCAAAGUAACGGAGUUCUAAAGGAGUUGCCAGAGAGCCUAUGCGAUUUACGUGAAUUGGAAAGCUUGGAUAUUUCUGCAUGCUAUUGUCUCUCUCGACUUCCCGAAGGGAUCCACAGACUCAUAAACCUCAAACAUCUCGAUAAUACACUUACUCAUUCUCUGAAGCAGUUUCCUCAAGGACUAGGCCAGUUGACUAGUCUUAGCACAUUGCGUGGCUUCUAUGGAGGAAGACAUUGUAGCAAGUUUGGUUUGUUGAAGAACUUAAACCGACUUAGUGGGUCCCUCGAAUUGGUGAUCAAAUUAAGUGGCGAUGAUUGGGUGGUUGAGGAUGCUCGUGAAGCAGAGUUGAGGAAAAAGAUCCACCUUCAGAAACUGGAGAUAAUGUUUUCUAUAUCAACAAAGGAUUGUGAAGAAAUGAAGGAGGGGGUGUGGACGGAUAUAAUAGAUGUUCUCGAGCCACAUCCAAACCUACAGAAUCUGGAAAUCUGCAACUACUAUGGCUUGCGGCUUCCAGGAUGGGUCGUGUCGCCCCUCAACCAUCUAAGAUCUAUUCGCCUCAGCGAUUUUGAAUAUAUGUCGUCGUUGCCACCUUUGGGCAAACUACCAUUCCUGGAAAGUGUUGAGAUCCGUUGCAUGCCCGGAUUGCAAUUUCUGGGACGAGAAUUUCUGGGGAUAACAACAACAAAAUCUGAGAAUAAUAUGGAUAGUGAAGUUUCAUCUUCGUCUUCAUGUGGUGGUACUAACAAUGGUGGUAUCAUACAGUUUCCAAAGUUGAAGGAACUGAAAUUCUCCAAAUGUUCCAACUGGAAGGAGUGGGAGGACAUCACUGCCGAAGAAGAAGAAGAAGAAGAAGACGGUGUUGGUGUCUCGUUAAUAAUGCCUUGCCUGACAAAGUUGACUAUCUUUGACUGCACAGGAUUGACAGAGCUGCCGCACCGCCUCCUGCAAAAGGUGUCGCCGUCGUUGAAGGAGUUGGAUAUUAGAGGUUCAAAAGGGCUGGAACAAGUUUACGGCGACAAGGAGGGUAAAGCCUGGAAAUCCAUAUCCCACCACAAUCCAAAUCUUCUCCUCAAACAAUAUUUUUAG